UGAUAACGGCGGAGCGCUAGAGGGAGUAAAUUCUGCAGAAGGCUAGAGCUGUUUACAAGAGAAGACAGUUUGCGAGAGAAAAAUAUAAUAUUUUACCGAAAAGGGGACAUUUGAUCCUUUUGCGAGAGAGCAACGAGAGAGGAGGUAGUUGAACAUCAUUUUGCAGGCAAACAAACAGUUGAAGACUUGAAGUCUUGUACAAUGGCAGAUAGUCGACAGAACGCGUCUGGAACAAAUUACGAGUUCGAUGCACCGAGUGUGGUCAUUAACUUCACAUCCAUGGAGCAUGAUGACCACGAUGCUGACAACUGGUUUGAUACGGUGGCAGAUGAACAACUUGUAACUCCAAUAAAAGCUUUUGGAGCUUCGCCUAGGUCUGAUUUACCAAAAGCUGUUGUCGCUCCAAUGGCCAAAGCUGAAAUCCAAGAGGAAGGCACAAAGAAUGAAGGCAUUGAAGACAAAAUGUGCCCUGUUUCUUCAGCUGCAUCUUCUAAUUUGGUGACCUCUUGGGGUAGCAGGAAACCUGGAGCCAACCAGCCUGCUAAGAUAAAAGCUCCAGGAGCAAAUCCGAGAAGAGUUUCAAAAAGAUUGUCGGGACAACAAAAACUUGAUCAUCAACGCAAGCAGAUGGCAAAAAUCCGUGAAGAAAGGCGGAGUGCUGCUACAGCUGCUAAAGAAUGCAUACCUCCAGUUAAAAAGCAAAGACGGGCUACCAGCAGAGGCAAACUGAAUGAGACAUCCACUGCUGAUGACACCGUGCAGAGUAGCAUGUUGCAGUCUCCCAAAUCAAAAAGCAGAAUAACCAGACCCAGCACUCCAAAUGUACUGAAGAGGAAGAACUUGGCUCCCAAGCAUAAGAGCUCUGAGCAGCAGGAGCUUGAGAAGAUGCAGCUUCUCCAAAAGGAAGUCAUGGAGCAGCGCAAGAGAAACAGUGAAGGCCUCAAAUCAGUUAUUGCUGGCACAAGCCAACCACCUAAAAAGGUUAUUCCUGGGACUGUACCAAUAGACUUCCAUUUCCGCACAGAUGACAGAAUAAAACCGCAUGGGGAACAUCAUUCAGAAAUCUCUUACAAAGAGAUUGACUUUACAGCGGGGCUGCGUAAACAUCCGCCUUCACCAAUGCGUUUAAAGGGCAGUACCAUCCCAAAACCAUUCAAUUUGUCUUGUGGUAACAAAAGGAAGUUUGAAGAAAGUAGUACAACGGAGUAUGUGUCCAUGGCUCAACAGAUUGAAUCAUUCCAGAAGCGCACACCUGCGCGGUACCAUCUGAGGAGCAGACAGAGAGAAGAACAAGGUCCAUCGCCAAUGAAGAAUAUUAAAUUAAAAAUAACAGAUCCAAAAACGCCACUACUUUUGGCCAGAGGGCGUCACCGAGCAGUUACAUGCAAAAGCACUGCGGAGAUAGAGGCCGAGGAGAUGGAGAAAAUGAAAAAAUUUAAGUUUAAAGCACUUGAGCUGAAUCGUAAAGUUCUUGAAGGUGGUCUCCUACCAAAGAAGCCCCCUGUGAAGGAAUCCACACAGCCAAUUGGCUUUGACUUGGAGAUUGAGAAAAGGCUUCGGGAGAGGGAGGCUACCAAGAUACCUGAAGAGGAGGAUUACACUUUCCAUUCCAGACCUCUUCCUGUAAAGAUUCUUGAAGAAAUUGUGGGUGUUCCUGAGAAGAAGCAGUUGCCUCCAACAGUGCCGCAGUCUCCAGCCUUUGCUCUUAAGAACAGAAUACGUGUCGAACACAAAGUAGAGGAGGAAAAAAUAGCUCCAGUGAUCAAAGCAAACCCAAUGCCACACUUUGGGAUUCCCUUCAAACCAAAGCCACAGGAAAAUAAACAUGUGGAAGCGUGUCCCUUCUCCUUUGAGUUGAGGGAUAAAGAAAAACAAACUCUGAAGGAGAGGAAAAUUGAGGAACUGCGGAAAGGGGAGGUUACUAAAUUCAAAGCCCUUCCACUUCCUGACUUUGAACACAUCCAGUUGCCAGAAAAGAAAGUAAAGGAAUCAACCAACCCGGAGCCUUUCAAACUCCUGAUUGAUGAGAGGGGUGCAGCUAAGAGUGAACGCUGGGAACAGAUGAUGAAGGAGGAGCUGAAACAACAAGCGGAAGCUUCUAAUUUCAAGGCUCGUCCAAACACAGUCAUCCAUCAGGAGCCGUUUGUUCCGAAGAAGGAAAACCGAUCCAUUCUAGAAACGAUUUCCAAUUCCGUAGUUGCAGAACAUUUUGAACUGUCAACGGAGAGGCGUGCCAGAGAGCGCAUGGAAUUUGAAAAGGUAAAUUCAGAAAGGGAAGCCCUGCGGGCAAAGAGAGAAGAGCAGGAGCGACAGGAGCUGGAGCAGAGGGAAAAGGAGGAAAUCAUUAAACUCCGACAAGAUCAGGUACACAAAGCACAACCAAUCAGACGAUUUAAGAAAAUGGAGGUGAAGCACAGUGACCAGAUACUAACAGUUCCCCAGUCUCCUAACUUCUCAGACAGAUUCCGUCUUUAAAGUAGCCGUGUGUUCUACAUAAUGUGUAAAUAUCUGAAUGCCUGACAGUUUUCUAUGUGGACGAUAAGAUUUGCCCAUUUGUGGCUUAACUAGAGGCUAGAGUUCUGUUCAAACAAAGGUAAUGCCAGAAUGGCACCUUGACUUAAUGACCUGAUUUGAACGUUGAGCGCACCUACCCUUUAUCUUAAUAUUUUAAUUUUUUUUUUUUUUUUUUUUGUAAAACUUAAAUGUUUGUUCAAUAAAUUGUACACUUGUUUUACAUUUCAGAUUCAUUUUUUUUUUUCUAUACUAUCCUAUAACUGUUCUGUGUCUUUUAAAAUAUUUUAAUGUUGGUGUCAUUUUAAGUUUUUGUUUUUGGCUUCAGAUGCAAACAUGUAGGCUUUUUCAAAACCAACAUUUCCUUAACAGCAAAAACUUCUUCCAUGGUUCUUUAACUCUUGAGCGUAUGUUACCAUGGGGCUCAGAAGUAAAUUUAAAAUGCGUAACAACCUGCUGAAUUAGACCUGACGAAAUGCAAGCAAUACAUUAAAAUGGCUAUGCACUGUAAGCUUACCAGAGGAGCAAUCACUCCUACUGCUUACAACACUUGGUUUAAGUUUACAUAAACAGCAACAGCUAUGUUUUCAGUACCUUUUUCCAUAUACUAUGGACUUAUAAUUGUAAAUGUGUGUAAAAGAAUUCUUCAAGUGGAUUAAAAAUGUAAUCCAAAUGUGCAAGGUGUUCCUCCAUAUGUGAUUUGUAUUUGUGUAUAAAUGAUAUAUUUGAGAUCAUGGCAUGGUAGAUACAUUGUCAAAUUGGGAGCAACCAUGGCUUUAGAAAAAAAUAAAUAGCAUCUGUUCUUGGUGCAGAGCAGAAAAUAUGUGAA